GUGCUGGGCUUACAGUGUCAUUUGUUGCGACGCCAAUUGAACACAUCAAGGCACGACUACAAGUACAAUAUGACGCAUCAACAAAGAUUUAUAACGGACCUAUUGAUUGCGCUCUUAAAUUAUACCGAAACAAUGGUAUUUUUGGCCUAUGGAAAGGUCUCGCGGAAACAUUGCUAUUUAGGAGUUGGUUUGCAGUAUUUUGGGCUUCAUACGAUAUCUACUCCACCUGGUUGAGAAAACUGAAAAUUAACGAGGGAGCUGUUAAUUUUUUUGCUGGGGGGUUUGGCGCCACGACUUUUUGGUGUUUUGCAUUCCCGUUCGACGUGGUAAAAAAUCGAAUGAUGACACAGCCGGACACCAAGCCGCCCCGUUUCUCAAAUAUGAUUAGUUGUGCUAGACAUUUGUAUCAAACAGAGGGUUAUUCCGGAUUCUAUCGCGGCUUUACACCAUGUCUAUUACGCUCAUUUCCCACAAACGCAUCCGCGCUUUUCGCUUUUGAAACAACAAUGCGAUUUUUGAAAAGCGCACCAGCUAUUCCAACGCCGAAAGAAACUGUGAUGUCCCUAAUGAGGAUUCUUCGAAGUUUUCCUGUGAUGGGAGCAAUUGCCAUUUUUUGA